UUGAAUAGAUAUUCUUAUCGAUAACCAAUUAACGUAAAUAUGUUUAACCGAAAAUGUGUCAUUUUGAUGGUCGUUAUAACGUGCGUUAUUUGGGCAAUAAUCGACGCAGCACCGAAUAAAAAAGAAAACACCGAAAAAUCGAAAGGCAAAAAUACAAUCGAUUCGGCGUCUCAAAAUGAAUAUGAAACAUUUUCCGUCAAAAAUAAAAAAGGAAAGGUGAUUGCCGAAUAUAGUAUUCGAGAUAUUCCAGAAUUAAGAUGUCUAGAUGUAAUUAAGCUAUUUAAUGAUUAUUAUCUGAGAGAUGAACCUUUGAAUCAACUACUUGGCAAUGUCAAUAAUAAAGAUUCAUUCACCGAUAAGUGGAUAGUAUUUUUGGCACAAGGUGAAAACUUGGGCUGUUUUGAUACCAAAACAAACGAACUUGUUGGUGUUCUUUUUGGUUUUGCGAUGGAAAAACAGGAGAAAAAACCGCAAAAGAAAUCAAAUGAAAAUCCGAUAAUAUCGUCUAUAUUUAAUUUUGACGUAUGCGAUUAUUUCAAAGUGGAAAAAUACAUGAGCAUUAGUGCAUUAGUUGUUCAUCCCAACCAUCGUAAACGUGGAAUUGCUGAACAUCUUUUAUCCAACACAAGAGAAAUUUGCAAGAAGCUAAAAUUACCGCUGGUAUCAGGCGUGUUUACAUCAGACGGUUCAAAUAAAGCAGCUCAAAAGGUUGGAUUCAACGUAACCCUUGGCACUAGGUACGAUAAAUUAGCUGCAAAAUAUGAAGACCUACGUUAUUUGAAAGGUGCCAAAGACAAGGAAAUCAACCGUCGAACAAUAAGAUAUCCUUAUUGAGAAAACAUUUCCAUCAUAUGUCGGGAUUCCAUAGCAAAUUACAAUUACUGUUGACUAUUUGUAUGGAAUUCCAAAAGAAAUGUACCAGUCAUAAAUAAAUAAAUGUCAUUUGCACAAAAUGUUGCCAAUGUAA